AUUUUUUAGUAUUAUUCAGGACAUCUGGCAUCUCUGCCCCAAAAUAAAAACAUCGUUAAUUUUUUGCUAGAAGUAAUUUUCUAUAUUUUUAAAAUAAAACUUGAUUUAGUUUAAAUUCUUGAGGAAGGCUAUGUCUGCUCCAAAAAGAAGAAAACAUUGGGGGAAUAACCCUAAAUUUAAGGUGCCAAAAACCUCUGACGGACCCAGCUCAAGCUCAAAUAGAUUUCAACUACUCUCUGAUGAGGAAGAAGAAGCUGUUGUUUUUAAAGAAAAAAUUCCGCCUAUAAUUGUAGAUCAAGCACACAGUUUUUCGGCUGUUAUUGGUUUAAUUGUUUUAUUUGGCCUACAUAAACUGGAACCAAAGGUAAUCAUCGAGGAGUUUCUUAUAUCGCAUAAUAUUAAACCUGUGAGCGUAAAGGAAUUGGAAACAAAGCGUACCAGUGUAGAUGACGCACUUUACAUAAUCGAGUUUGAGAAAUGUGAAUCAUAGAGCCGAUGACCAGAAGUGUCCCAGCCGACAAGAAUAUUUAGAAAUACCGCAAAGAGUAACUUCUAAUACAAGGACUGUAAACAAAAGAAGUAAUGUUUCGUUUUUAAAUGAAGAUGGCAAUGAUUUUCCUCAAUUGCCAAGGCAAGAUCACCAAAGUAACUCGCGUAACCCUCGCGCUUAUGGCAAUUUGUAUUCAGAGGUAGCUAAGAACAGAAGCUACAACAAAAAUAAUAGCGAUGACAUUUCCAACGAACGACUCAUGGAAAUAUUUUUUGAUGCUGUCGAUACGUUGCAAAGAUGUCAAAAUAAGUAUGACAAGUUUAUAGUUUUAGGUAUGAUGCUUCAACAUGCCAUAUAAUUCUCCUUGUUUGAAAAAUGUUCAUGUUACGCAUUAGAAUGCCCAAGGCAUAACAACUGAGUCAGCUGCUGCCCAGCUGUAAUAUGUUUUACAUAAAAGCAAAAUGGAUAUUCUACUUUUAAAUGAGAACUUUUUUAUAUUAAUAUUAAUAGGCCAGUUACGAUCACUUCAGUUUACAACCCAACUCACACAGCAAAUUUUAAGAAUGACCUGGACAAGCUGACGCCUUCUCCAACGACUUCUUUAUAUUUGGAGAUCUGAAUGCCCAACAUACACUCUGGAAUUGUGCAUCAAGUAAUUCUGUUGAAAGAGAGCUCUACAGUCACUGUCUCCAAUCCAGCUAUUACAUUUAUUACCCAAACGAGUAUACACGCUUUGGUCAAAACAACAUCCCCUGUAUUACCAUACAGACUGGAUAGCAAUCGGUAACUGGGUGGAAAACGAAAUUAGGUAUCAGAAUAUUGAUCAACUAGUCUCUAAUUCAGGUAAUUUAGAUUUAUGUUUCGAUAAAUUGAUUUGUAUUAUCAAAGAAGCUUUUAUGAAAAGAAUAAUGAUGGAAAAACUCAGGCAAUUAUAUUUCCAUAUAAUAAAUCGAAGAAACGUAUUCUUACUAGAAAUCUAUAUUGUAAUGGUGUCUUUAUCCCCCUGUUGGACAAGAUCAAAUAUCUAGGAAUCAUAUUAGACAAGAAGUUGUCAUUUAAAGAUCAUGUAAAUUACACUUGUGAAAAAGCUAUAAAGUGCAGCAGAGCCCUAUACCCAUUGCACAAUAGAAGAUCGAAUACUUUUAAUACUUUUCCUUAAUUACUGUGAUAUUAGUAGUUUCCUUAAUUGAUUAUUUAGCUGCUAAUUGUUGUAAUACUUUUAAGUAAAACCUCAAAUCAUUGUAAAUAUUUAUUUUUAUAAAGGAUUCAAUAAAGGCAAUUAUUCAG